UAUACAUGGUUGUACCAUGACUUCCCAACUGAUUGCGUUUCUACUGACAGUGACAAUGAAACCCUACUAUGGGUUAACUAAUGGUUGAAACACUAUAUUUUCUUAGAUGUAAUGUAAUUUACUUUCGGUAGUUGCAAUUACAAAGCUUAGUAUGUUACGUUUUUUUUAACGGUGACGAUAAUCUGCGACCACUGCGAGUGUGUUUUAACAGGUUUUAUAAGUUGCUAUAAGUUAUAAACGGUCUGUAUUUACGUGUUAUAAAUGUAUUAUUUUAUUUAUUAUGUGCUGUGAACUUCCUAUCACUAAUAUUUGGUUGUUUUUUUAUACAUGUAUAUAAGUGUUAGGUAUUUAACGUUACAAUUCCGUUUAACUGUCUUUUGCUCAGAAGUUAAUAACGAUUAAAAGGAUAAGGUUCAUCAUGGAUAAUACUGGUUCUUCACAUUAUAGCCAUGGAUAUGGUUAAAGUGGACCCAAAGAUGUUUGUAACUUGUCGUCUGUGCUUGGAGAACAUGGGCAUGUACCAGAUUACACCCGUAGUGCAGCAACAAGUCAAAUAUUGUUUUGAUAUUGAUGUUGAUCCAUUUGAUGGCUUACCACAGUUGAUAUGUAAAAGUUGUGAGACAAUUUUGACUGAAUAUCAUACAAAAAAAAGGAUAUUCAUUGGGAGACAAAAUGCUUUAAAAGCUAAGUUGGCGGUCAGACAAGAGGUAGAAGAGGAGUCUCGUGAAUCACCACACCAAGAAGCGGUAAGUUCGAGCCACCAAGACAACAAUGAGAACCCUGAGCCGAGGCCGAAUGAACAUACCACGGCGAAAAAGAGAUUUGCCCGCAUUCUCUCGACAUCUAGUUCAUCUGAUAUUGACCGCAACGACUCUCCUAGUGUAGCCAUUAGUAAGAAAAAACAGAUGAAAAGAAAGAAAACGUCAGAACUUUGGAAAAAGACGUAUAGUCAAAUGUUUUCGUGUAAUCUAUGUGGCAACCAUAAUAAAUAUCUCAAAUCCAGAAAUAGUCUCCGCAAGCAUAUGAAAAAACACAGAAAUUUGGUCUCCCAAUUUGAAAACAUUAUAAAUAGACCUUGUAUAUUGAAUAUAACUAAGAUAGAUGGCAAAGCUAAUAAAACUGGUUCUUCAGAUGCUGUUGUGAUAAGUCAGGAUAAAAUCAUAGGGCCAGAACGAGAUAAUACUUAUAACACUAUAUAUUGCGCGAAAGAAGAGAAAUCGAAUGUUAUACCAAAUGACGACGGUGCGAUUAAAGGCACAGUAAGAAAAAGACGUCGUUUGCUGUCAGAAAGUUCCACAGACACAGUGGUGCUUGAUGGCAAUAAUAGUCACGGAACAUCCAACAUACAACUUACUGUAAAUAAAGAAACAGAAUUAGAGUGUAUUAAUAUUGACGAUUCAUCCAACAGCUCAGCAACUACUUCAAUAAAAGGUCAUACAAAUUAUAUUCAGCUACAAGAGGCCGAUAAAAAAACAAUAGAUAAUCUUAUUAAAGUGAGUCAUAAUAGGUAUAUGCUAAGAAAACAUGAGACGGUUGAUAAUGAGAAUAAACCAAAAGAUUUACCCCUCAUAAAACACAAACUCUUGAGUAUGGGUCGAAAAGUCAUUAAUAAACAGGGUAUGGCUUGUACUGGGUUAUUAAGGUUUAUAGAACGACAAAAUCUAGAAAUCAAAUGGAUUCCAACAAAUCCACAAAAAAACACGGGAAGUUCAGAUGGAAAAUUUGUUCGCAUUAUGCCAAGACUAAAAGGAAAAGAAGAUCUCUCACCAGAUAGAUCUGGUUGGAAAUAUGUUCUUGAUCCACCUGAAAUGAAAUCUGUUGCAGUCAACAAUACAAAAAAUAAAGGCAACAAACCAGUACGGACUGUAAACCAGAAGCCGCAAACUGAAGUCACACUGAAUAAAACGGAACCUGAAAGGUUAUACGAAGAUACAUACCAUAUUACAGAAUCAGAUCGGAAGCUGUUAAACGCGAAUCCUGUUGCUAAUCCAAAACAACUUCCUAAGAAGCUUAAUACUACAGAUAGUAAAAUAAUUCUUAAAUCCGUGGCAGUUGCUGUACCUAAAGCGGCCGUAGUACCUAACGCGGUUGUACUUCCUAACACAUUUGUUGUGAAUAACCCGGAAGGUCAUUCAUCCUUUUGUGUCUUGGAUCGAAGUCCUGACAAAGAAACAUGCAUGCCUAUUAUAACGUCUACAACAUCCUUGGCUAUACCAUCCUUGCCUGCUCCACCCAUGGAACAAAAUAAUGGUAACAAACUCAAUGGUGAUAAGACUUCUAACACUGCUAAUGCUGUGGAGGUAGAUAAACCAGCACCUCGGAUUAAAGUCAAACCGUUUACUGAAUUAAUGUCUGAAAGAGCUUUACAAUUUAUUGGUCAGAAUCAAGAUACAAAAACAAGCACUCCUUCUGUCGGGGUUUGGAAACAAGACGCUCCUUCUGGUGGACCUUGGCAGCCAGGCGGCAAAAUAGCGCCAUCGAUCAAACCGAAUAACCAGAAUCAAAUGGCUACUCUUACUGAUGUCUCAACUGGAACACCUUUACCGAUUAAAUCAAACCCUGCCCCGGUCCCACUGCAUGCAGUAAAUCGUGGUUUAGUUAGGUUAGACUCAGUUGAGCUUCCGAACACAACAACGGAUUCCCCGUUCAAAUACGUAAAGAAUUUAUUACAAAUUCACAAUAUUAAUUUGUUGAGUUCAGACCAGCCGGUACCCCAACAUUUUGCUUGUCUAAUAAAAUUUAAAUUAAUGUUUCUACGGGAAACAGUCAAAACGCCUGUGACUCUUUCUCUAUCAAUAUACUGUUCAGGCAAUAAUUUUAGCCUUAUAGUCAAGGACUCCACUCAAUUAACGAACCUUGACUUGAGCAAGUUAACGGCUACUUGGCAGUGGGAAAUACUCAAGACUUUCGUAACAAGGGAGGAUAUUAUCCAAAAAAUGACACACAGUGCUCAAAGAAUAGGUCAACAGGAGCAUGAACACACUAAAGGAUUUUUAUGUGUACUAAAAUCUAUAAAGUACACUGCCAUUUCGUGAUUUGUUUAUAAUACAUGAAAUAUUUAUGAUAGUAUGUCUUGCAGAUAUUGUUUAAAUUGUUUCAAUAGACUGAUUAUGAUCUACAUAUUGUAUUGUAAAAAGAUGUUUUUUCCUGUCGUGGAGGUUUUUCUUAUAACAACAUGUGCCUAUAAGUAUUUAAAAAGUAAUAAUGCACAAAUUGUGUUUUCCUCUUAAUGUUAAUUAAGUUUUAUUAGAAUAGGGUUUUUUUAUGUAUCACUAUUCCUUUAAAAGUUUAUGAUCUUUGUAAGAUCUUAUGUUGAAAUUAAAAUUGUAAAUACAUGAAAUAAAGAACGUUAGUAACU